AUGGCCGCCAGUGAUUCAUCUAAAGAAGACCAUGUGGAUGUCCUCAUCGUUGGUGCAGGGCCCGCCGGGCUCAUGCUGGCCAACUGGCUAAGUCGCUUCGACAUUCGGACUCGCAUCGUUGAUAAGCGUGGCUCAAAGGUAUUCAAUGGCCAGGCUGAUGGCCUGCAAUGUCGUACUCUGGAGAUCCUUGACUCCUUCGAUUUUGCUCAUCGUGCUUGGCGCGAGUCCAACCACAUGCUUGAGAUAUGUCUGUGGAAUCCUGAUGAAAAUGGUUGCCUUCAACGAUCCGAUCGCAUUCCCGAUACUAUUCCUGGAAUUAGUCGUUUUCAGCAGGUUGUGCUGCACCAAGGUCGCAUUGAACAGUUCUUUCUGGAUUCAAUUAAGGAGCACAGCGAUAUUCGUGUUGAGCGUGGUGUAUUGCCUACAACAUUCGACUUCGACGAGACGAAAGCCAGUGACUUCGAAGAUUACCCCAUUAGUGUGACACUCCGCACACUCUCCGAUAAAGAUUCAACGCCCCAGCAAAGGCAGACACACCAGAAAUUGGCUGAUGGCCAGCAGGCGGUGAUUGAGGAUGGACUGUUCCGUAGUAACCUGGUUGCCGAUGACACGGAUAACCUAAUUUCAGCGGCAGAGGCCAAAGACAACCGAAAUGCAAAUGAAGUGGAGACCAUCAAGGCGAAGUUUAUGGUGGGUUGCGACGGGGCUCACUCCUGGGUACGCCGCCAGACCGGCUUCACUCUGGAAGGUGAUUCGACCGAUUAUAUCUGGGGUGUACUCGACAUCAUCCCCAUCACAGACUUCCCAGAUAUUCGCCAUCGAUGUGCCAUUCAUUCCGCCAACGCGGGUAGUGUGAUGGUCAUUCCCCGUGAAAAUAAGCUCGUUCGUUUGUAUAUCCAGCUUCAAUCGACAAGUCAUCAGAAGAAUGGCUCCAAAGCCGACAGAUCCUGGAUCACUCCUCAGAUUAUCCUGGAAUCUGCCCAGCGCAUUAUCCACCCAUAUAAGCUCGAUUAUAAGUACUGCGACUGGUGGACUGCGUAUCAGAUCGGACAGCGGGUCGGAAAUAAGUUUUCGCUCCGCGAUCGUGUCUUCUUGGCAGGUGAUGCUGUGCACACGCACUCUCCCAAGGCUGGACAAGGUAUGAAUGUUAGCAUGCAAGAUACGUAUAAUCUUGGAUGGAAGCUGGCACACGUGAUCAAUGGAUCCAGCGAACCAUCGAUUCUGUCAACGUAUGAGGCAGAGAGGAAGCUUAUAGCACAGCAGUUGAUCGCUUUCGACAGGCGAUUUUCGCGACUUUUCUCCGGACGCCCAGCUAAAGAUGUCAUGGAUGAAGAGGGAAUCAGUAUGGACGAGUUCAAACAGGCAUUUGAAAAGGGCAAUGAAUUCGCUAGCGGUGUUGCCGUCGAUUAUGCUGCAAGUGUCCUUAUUGCCAAAGGAACCGAUGAUGAAGGACAAGGCAAUGACACCGAUCCUAUGAAUAGCAAGAAGCAUCAGGUGAUCAGCAAGCCAGAGCUAGCCACGAAGAUCGACAUUGGGAAACGCAUGCCUAGCUUUAAGGUGCUCAAUCAUGCUGAUGCACGUCCCUGGCAUCUGCAGGAACUGUUGAAGAGCAACGGCCGCUGGAGGAUCAUCGUCUUUCCUGGUCAACUCACCAAUCCUCUCAACAUGAAACGCCUGAAAAAGCUGGGUGAAUCCUUAGGCUCUCCGGGCUCUUUCAUUUACCAGUACACACCAUCAGGUAAUGCAAUUGAUAGCGUGAUUGAAGUCUUGACAGUUCACUCUGGACCCCGGGCAGGCAUUGAACUUCUCGAUCUCCCGGAGGCAUUCCAUCCUCAUCACGGAGAUAUGGGAUGGGAUUAUUGGAAAGUGUUUGUUGACGAGGAGUCAUAUCAUGAAGGCUAUGGUCAAGCCUAUGCCAACUAUGGCAUUGACCCUACUCUGGGUGCCAGUGUUAUAAUUCGUCCUGAUCAGUAUGUUAGCUGGGUUGGAGAGGUGGAUAACUACGAGAAGAUGUCGCAAUUCUUUGGUGGUUUCAUGAAACAACGGCGAGCUUAA